GUAACACUUUUGUUGUGAAUGAACUUUGAAAAACGGGAUCACUUUUUCAUGUGCGUGCUCGGCAGCUGGAACCUUUAGGCAGCUGCUUUCUUGUGUGAUCUUGAAGUUUCAACAAUUUCGUCAGCUUGUGUUGUGCACCAUGGACCUCAGUGCUUCAAGCACACCGCUGCAGAAGGCCAGAAGAAGAGCCCAAAUCUUAGACUCAGACUCUGAUGAUGAGCGAUUGGAUCAAGCCAAUGGAUUAGUCAUACCACCAUCGGAUCCAGAGGAUGACGACAGGGCAUCAUUAAUUAAUUCGUCCAAUUCCAGUGAUAGCCUUGUUAUGACAACCCCAGUGCAAUCUCGUUCCAUGCCUAAGCAGAACAACUUACUACGGAGAAGUUUAGGGUACAAAAGUGCUGUAGGAGACAAUUUGGAAGACUCUUCACAAUACAUGAGUUUCCACAGUGCAGCAACUUUCACUCCUGAGAAAGGAAACUCUGGUCUUGAAUCGUCUCAUCAUGAAAGUGAUGUUUCCAACAAGUCUUUGGAUGUGUCUGCUAUAUCUGAAGAACAUAGCUCUUCCGAAAGUGGGAAUGAAAUAGAAUCAUUUCAAUCCAGACAAAACUCUCACCAAAAUGAAGAUGAAAUUGAAUCAUUCCAAUCUGAACAUAGUUCUAUUCCUCUCAAUGAUAGUGACUUUGGCUUUAAAAAUAAUGAUUGUGAUGAUGAUUCUCAGUCAGAUGACUUAAAUAAUUCAGAAAAUGUUGCUAGUACUUCCCAUCAACCUGAAAAUAUAGAGGAUAGCGAGUCAGCUCAAAGUGAUGAGUUCGAUGAUGGUGCUGCACAUUCUAAUGAUGACAGUAGGAAAAUUGAAUCAAAUGAAGACAUGUAUAUGAAAGGUGUAGCUCAAUCAUCUAAGCAUGGUAUUGAUACUUCAUAUAAGCCUGUGUUGAUUCAAGAUGGUGAUGCAUCAAAUUCAUCAAUUUACUAUGAUGACAGUAAUAUGGCAAAGAAUUUAAAUAGUUCAGAUGUUGCUACUUCUCUUGAUGACAAAGUGAAAGAAGCAGAGUUUUUUGGCAGUCCUAAGAGAUCUAGUUUGAUUGAUCUAACUCAAUCAGAUUCAUCUCUUCAGAAUUCACCUGUUGGCGCUACAAGACAACAUGAUUUGAAGCAACGAGAAAUAGGAGACAUAGUAGCAGACCUCUCAUCUGUUUCCAAUGACAUCAUGGUAAAGGAGGCUCUCCUUGAUAGCAUUAACAACAACACACUCCCAGAUAAUGGAAGGAACCUGAAAAUGAUGGUGUACAAACUAAAACUGCAGAAACAAGCACUGGAAAAGGAAUUAAGUGAGCAUAAGGAAACUGCUGCGCAACAAGCAACUAUUGAGCAAAUGCAAACCAACCUGGAGAGGAAAUUGCUGUCUUCUAAGCAGUCGACUCUAAACUUUCAGCCUUCUGUCAAGAUAGAACAGAGAGAAUAUGAGAGUAUCGACUCUGAAGAAGAUGGCAGCCCAAGGUCUCUAAACAGCCAUGAUUCAAUCAGCAAGCCUGAAUGGGGAGACUUGCCUAAUCCAGACAUGACCAUAUCUGGAUUCGGGAAAAAAGCCAUGCAAACACAUUUAGCUGAGAAGUCUCUUACUUUAGAAGCUUUAUCUAGUCUGCACAAUGCAUUAAAGACUUGUCCUGAUGAAGACACUUAUGCUGAGGAUCCUAAAUACCUAAGGGUUGAACUGAUGCCUCAUCAAAAGCAUGGUUUGGCCUGGAUGCUCUGGAGAGAGCAAGAAAAACCCUCUGGAGGUAUUCUUGCUGAUGAUAUGGGAUUAGGUAAAACUUUGAGCAUGAUUUCCCUAAUUUUGAAAGAUCUUGAAAACAAAGAAAAAUCUGAUGAUGACAGUGAGUCUGAUGAUGAAUCUCCAAGAUGGAUGUCUUCAAAAUACUCAAGAAUGGUCAAGGGUGGUACUUUGGUAGUGUGCCCUGCAAGCUUGGUGGCACAGUGGGAGCAAGAAAUUUACAGACGAGUUAAGAAAAGGGCACUGUCAGUGGAGCUUUAUCAUGGUCCUAAACGUGAAAGCAAGCCCCGUCGUCUUGCCAAGCAUGAUGUUGUUGUCACUACGUACAACUUAGUGAGUAGAGAAAGUGGUGUGGAUUCUGCUAAAAAUGCUACGAAGAUAAAGGAUAAGGGCCCAUUGUUUAUGGUGAAGUGGGAGAGGAUAAUUUUGGAUGAAGCACAUAUGGUGCGUAACCAUAAGAGCCAAAUGGCCUUAGGUGUGUGUGAGCUCAUGGGGAAGCACCGCUGGUGUUUAACUGGGACACCUGUUCAAAAUAAGCAAUUGGAUCUUUACGCCCUUCUCAAAUUCCUUCAAUGUUCUCCUUUUGAUGAUCUUGUUGUUUGGAAGAGAUGGGUUGAUAACAAGAAUGCGGCUGGAAUGCAACGCCUGAACACGAUGAUGAAGUCCUUAAUGCUUCGAAGAACAAAAGAACAGUUGCAGGAGAAGGGGGAUCUUAACUGUCUUCCGGAAAAGUCCUCUGAACAGAUCGAUGUGCAUCUUGAUCCUGAAGAGUUGGAACUAUAUGAAAAAGUAGCUCUUUUCUCAUCCACUUUAUUUGCUGAGUUUCUUGUCCAAAGAGCUGAAAAGCAACAACUACUUGAUGCUCGUUAUGGGAUGUCAACAAGACCAGUCUGGGAACAAGAAGGUCGGCCAGAUAACCAGUUCACAACCACUAAGGAACUUGCCAACAUGCAUCGUAAAAUGAAGGGCAUUACUGAAAUUAAAACUCAUAUGAUUUUGGUUCUUUUGUUGCGUCUUCGACAGAUUUGUUGUCACCCAGGCUUGGUCAAAAAGAUGGUUGAAAAUGGUGAUAUAGAUUUUAAUGUGGCCAGUGCUGGAGUUGAAGAUGAGGACGGCCUGGAUGUCGAUCUUUUUAAUCAGAUGAACAAUCUUAAUAUUGAUGAGUCAGCUGUAGAAAGUGAGGAAAAUGAUGAUCCGCUCAAUAAAUCUGGAAUAUUUUCAGCUGACAGUCCUGUUCUUAGUUUCGAUCGGCCAAGUGCAAAGAUUCGAGCUAUUCUCGACCUUUUAGAAGAGAAGCUUCUGGAUUCUGAUGACAAGGCUAUUAUAGUGUCACAGUGGUCGUCUGUACUCAAUAUAAUCGCAAAGUUCUUGAAACAGAUGCAAUUUAAAUUUGAAACACUGUCUGGUGAAGUUCCAGUUCAUAAACGUCAAGACAUAGUAAAUGAUAUAAACAGGAAAGGAUCUGGUGCCCAGAUUCUUCUCUUAUCACUGACAGCUGGAGGUGUUGGUCUAAAUCUGGUGGGUGCUAACCAUUUGUUGAUGGUCGAUAAUCACUGGAAUCCUCAGCUAGAAGCUCAGGCAUGUGAUAGAAUUUACCGCGUUGGGCAGAAGAAACAUGUAUUUGUUUACAAGUUCAUCACAGUGAACACAAUUGAGGAGAAAAUAGUGUCUGUUCAAGCGCAGAAAUUGGCAUUGGCGCAUAGCGUGCUUACUGGCACAAGGGACAUGCAGGCUUCAAAGCUCACUCUGGCAGAUUUGCAAAUGCUAUUCUCUGCUCCCAAUCCUGCCCCGGCCCCGGCCCCUGCGCCUGCACCUCAAUGAAGCUAGCUACAGCCUUUCCAAAUUACACUUGUCUUCAUGUUUUGUUUCUUCUCUUAUAUGAAAAUUUUUGCCUUUCAUGUGUUUUAAUUGGUGCUUUGUUUUUAUGUAUAUUUUAUUACCUUCAAAUACAAUCAAUUUCUGAAACUAA